ACUAAAACUACAACUACAACUACAACCACGACUACAACUACGAAUACGACUAAAAGUACAACCACGACUACGACUACAACGACAACCACGACUACAACGAUAACCACGACUAAAACUACCACUACAACUACCACCACCACAACAACAACUACGACUACCACCACAAGUACAACUACGACUACGACUACGACUAAAACUACAACCACGACUACAACUACAACUACCACAACAACAACCACUACAACUAAAACUACAACUACAACUACAACUACAACUACAACUACAACUACAACGACAACUACAACUACAACUACUACUACUACUACAACAACAACUACUACUACUACAACAACUACUACAAGUACAACUACUACUACGACUACAACUAUAACCACGACUACGACUAGAACGACAACCACAACCACGACUAAAACUACAACUACGACUACAACCGCGACUGCAACUAAGACUACAACUAAAACUGCAACUACCAGUAGAACUACCAGUACGACUACAACGAGAACUACGACGAAAACUACGACGAAAACUACAACUACAAUGAACGCUACAGCGAAACCUACGACAAAAGCUACCACAAAAGCAACAACGAAAGCUACAACUACAACAAAGAAGCAAAGUAAGACUUUCAUUAUCGAUUUUUGA